AUGCAGCAGCGGUUGGACUUACACCCGACCCGGGCCAAGGCCAAGGCCAAGGCCGGGGCGGGCACCGGGGCCGGGGCGCAGCUCAUGGUGUUCCGCCGGGUGUUGCGGGCCGAGGCCGAGGCCGAAGCGGGGCCCGGGCUGCGGGGGGUGGAAGGCGGGGACCCGGGGACAGGCGACCCGCUGCCGGGGCCCUGCGGGCGGCCGAGCGGCCUCUCCUCCUCCUCCUCCUCCUCCUCUCCGCCGCCGCCGGCGGUCCCCCCCGCGGGUCCCGGGGUGAAGGUGAAGGUGCUGCUGAGCUCCGCCCGGCGCCGGCCCGAGUGCCCGGGGCAGCCGGGCCUGUGCUCCCGGCGGCGGCCCCGGUGUGGCCUGAGCGGCCGCCCCGGGCCGGGGGAGGAGGAGGGCGGCGGCGGCGGCGGCGGCGGCGGGGGGGAGACGGGCUGCUGCGAGGAGCGGGUGCUGGCGCUGGCCCGGGAGCUCGGGCACUUCACGGUGGCCGAGGCCGGCGGCUGCGGCUGCCCCGAGCCGGGCCUCGUGCUGCUGGAGGCCGAGGAGCCGAGCGACGCGGUGCUGGUGCUGGAGGCGCCCGAGCCCGAGCCCGAGGAUGAGGCCGAGGCCCCGGAGGACGACGACGAGGAGGAGGGGAGCGGCGGCGGCGGCACAGCGACGACCCGGAGCCGGAGGAACCCAGAGCCCGGGCUGCGCGGCCUGGCACCGGGGGAGCGGAGCGGGAGCGAGGCCGAGGCGGGGCCGGGGAGCAGCCGGAGGGGCGGCGGCGGCGGCUCCCGACACCUGUGGCGGCUCCAGGGCGGGAAGGCCCGGAAGAGCUCUCUGAGGAAGCGGCUCAGUCGCCUCUUUAGGACCAAAAGCUGCUCCGGGGCCUCGGCCUCGGCCUCAGCCCCCGGGCCCGGGCCCGGCCUCGGCCUCGGCCUCGGCACACAGUCGGUGGAGGAUCUGGAGACGGCGUCGGGCCGUCUGGAGGCCAUGUCAGAGCCGCGCGCGGAGUCUGAGCCCCGAAGGAAGCCCAGACUGACCAGGACACAAAGUGCCUUCACACCGGUGUCAUUGGCUCCUCCCUUCACAGGAGAGACCGUGUCCCUCGUGGAUCUGGACAUUUCCCGGCGAGGACCCCCCUCAUCUCAUCCGCCCACUCCCCCUCCCCCUCCCCGCAGGAGCCUGAGUCUGCUAGAUGACAUUGGCGGGCUGCAGCCAGUGAAUGCAGUGGGCGCCAGCUUACAGUCGCUGCCCCUGCCUCCUCCUCCCCCGCCCCACACCUCCAUCCAGCACAGCCUCAGUUUAAACGACACGUUGCUGCAGAACGCUGUGCCCCAGAGCAGAGAGAUGGCUGUGCAACCCCAGCACUGCCCCCUGAGCAGGCGAGACCCCAACACCUUCGCAGCCAGCCUGCGAGAGCUCGAGAAGUGCGGCUGGUAUUGGGGGCCCAUGAACUGGGACGACGCGGAAAUGAAGCUGAAAGGGAAGCCGGACGGUUCAUUUCUGGUGCGGGACAGCUCAGACCCUCGCUAUAUCCUGAGCCUCAGCUUUCGCUCGCAGGGGAUCACACACCACACCAGGAUGGAGCAUUACCGAGGUACCUUCAGUUUGUGGUGCCACCCAAAGUUUGAGGAUCGCUGUCAGUCUGUGGUGGAGUUCAUCGAGCGAGCCAUCAUUCAUUCUAAAAAUGGGAAGUUCCUGUAUUUUCUGCGCUCUCGAGUUCCUGGCCUGCCGCCCACUCCUGUCCAGCUCCUCUACCCGGUCUCCCGCUUCAGCAACGUCAAGUCCCUGCAGCACCUCUGCCGCUUCCGCAUUCGGCAGCUCGUCCGGAUAGACCACAUCCCGGAGCUCCCGCUCCCCAAGCCCCUCAUAUCAUACCUGCGGAAGUUUUAUUACUAUGAUCCCGAGGAGGAGAUGUACCUCUCGCUGAAGGAAGCCCGCCUGAGCAUGGCCCAGGAACAGGAUGCCGAUUCCCAGACGUAGCAUCCAUUUAGCACACUGCACUGAGGUUUGGACAUCUCUGAAGGUCAGGUAUCUGGCGGGAGUGCAGGAUGGGUGUGGCCGAGGGGGAGGGCGGCGAUUUCCUGAAACUCUACGUGCGCCCGAAGCUUCUUUAGCCGCCGUCACUCUCCGACUACCGGGACUGCCCGCAGGAAAAGGCAGUCUCCCUCAGGAGCAACUGGGCGCGAAUUUAGUACUGCUGAACAGGACAUUGGAAGUGAAGGAAUUGCUCCCUAUUGAAGAAUGCGAGGAACUGGCUGCUUCCUACAGGAGGUUUGUGAUGGGUCCUGAGGACUUCCCAGGUGGUGACUGAGGUGUGAACUGGACCUAAACCCCUGGAGGUUAAUAUUGCACAACUUUAUUUUUUUAAUUUAUGGAUUAAACUACUGGUUUAUAUUCAUCAGUCGCUUGAUGUGUAACGCGCAGACAGACGUCACUGACUCAGACUUGUCGAUUUUGAAGCUUUCCGUGCGUCCGGUGUCCGUCGCUAAGCUUGAUGCCAGCUCUAGGGCACAGGUGGCGAGCAAUCUGGGGUUAAAAGUUUCUGACCUCUGCCCGUGAAGAUGCACAGGCACUUCUGUGUCGAGGUGGUGGGACUCUGACCAAUGUCCCAACGCUCUCCGCCUGCCAGCUGGCUGCCCCACAAACGGCACAUAACUCACAGGAAUUGUUCACCCCAGCUCUGGGUGAAGAUAUGUAACGCCCCAGCACACUCCUUCCCCUCCCCUCUGCUCGCAGAGGUCAGUGCUUUACUGACUGAUUCACAUUGCCAUUCUUCCUCCUCCACACGUAGGAUUAAUGAGCGCUGGUCGAUGCUGUUUCUGCUGCUUGUUUCCCACAUAAGCCUCGGUUUGUUUUUUAAUCCUAUUCUGCGGAUUUUUUCUUAAUUUGCUCCCCUGCUGAAGAUCUUUCCUCCCUCUGCUGGGCACAGGGGGCCUUCCAUGCUUUACCCAUCCUCAUCCCUGAGACUAGGCAGUGCCUGGCAGGGGGGACAGCACAGCCGAGCCUGAUCCUGUCCUCCCCACACUGGCCCUUCCAAUCAGGGGUGUCUGGAAAGCGAGGCUGGUUUUCUCCUUCCCAAACCCAAAGUUAGUCCCCGCUUACUGCUCUAGUUGAGAUCAGGUGACUCAGCGUAGGGCGGGAAUCAAACCUGUGCCCAACUGGGUGUAUGCUCCAGGGAGUGGCAUCUUUACCCACUCGGCUACCAGGGGAGAUGAAUUUAUUUCUAUAUUCACUCUGAUCUGGUUAUAAAUUCGACAUCACCCUCUUGCAUCCGUCCCUCACUCUCAGCUCUGCUAAUGGGUGUAAACACUGCCACGUGUCUUGACAAUCACCAUUUGUUGCAGAAUUCUGGAAAUGUUCAAUAUGCCCACAUGUUCUUUCCGUAUCAUAGGAUCAGAAAGAGAGCAUUCAUCCCGUCAACCUUUCCCACUAAUUUAUUAGCUCAUGGCAGAUCUUUUAAUCCCAUUUCCCUGCCUUUCCUCCAUACCCGCUGUACCCAUCUCCAUUUUAAAUUUUUUUUAUCAGCUGUGGUCCACUAAGGCAGUGAGUUCCACACAGCCCUCUGAUCUCAUGCGUCGCUGUUUUAGGUUUGAUUUUAAGUUGACCCUUUACUGAGCUCUGUGUCAACACGAACGUCUCUCGACCCAAGAAUACUCCUUCCAGAAGAUUCAGAAGUGUUGCAGAUACCCCCCACCCCACCCCCCACACAUACACACAGACAGUGUGGAAGGUCCCCUCAGUGCUGGGCUGGACUGGACUCACCCCAUGGGCAGACCCUGGCCCCUUGGCUUUCGGCAUUGGCACAUCACUCAUGGGAAAUGUUUAUUGAAUUUCUUUUUAAGUUGGGGGCCAUUCAAUCUGCUGGGCUUGUGGGCACGGGCACUUUAUACGUUAUCCCCGGCACCAGCCCAGGCUUGUAAUCGAUACAUCACUUGUGUUUUGUGUGGUUGGCGGAGCCUCCUACAAACUCCGGAUACCCAGGCCACAUUGAGAAAACAUUGAUCCUGCUCAUGGGUGGUGGGUGUGGGGGGGAGGGGGAGAAGGAGAGGGGGAUGGAGCCCAGAAAUCAAAAAAGUAUUCACAAGUAGACCUGGAUUGUACAUGGGCCGAGGAAUCAUCGUCAACUCUAUCCCCAAAUUCAAAAGAAUAUUAGGCCAAAAUAUUAAUAAACAGUACCCCAGACAACAGACCUUCGUCCUCGUGCCCGACUGUCUGGAAACUUAUGCUCCCCCUCAGGGAGGCAGAGGUCAGGGCCUGUUUGAAGAGUAUAUCUGCUUCCUCACCUGGUCCUGAUGGAAUCACCGUUGGGGCUAUUAAAGCCAUGCAAUCCCGUUACCUGAGUAAAGUUUUCAACUUAUAGUUAACUUUCUCUUACCUUUCCUUGCCCUUCAGGGACAGAAAAACAACUCUAAUCCCCAAGGUUUUAUCCCCCACCGAACCUGGAUAAUUCUGACGCAUCACCAUUUCUUCUAAAUUAACACGAUUAUUCCAUAGAAUAUUAGCUAAACGAUGCUCUCAGAGCAUUUAAUUUAAUCCUGCUCAGAGGGCAUUUUGCUCAGGUGACGGAACGGCAGAAAACACCACUACCCUAGAUGCCAUCAUCAGGUUUAGUACCUCCAAUCUAUAGUCUCUUCAUAUUGCCUCGCUGGAUGCAUUUGACUCUGUGGACCAUGGCUUGAUUUUUUGUAUCCCAAACAUCCAGUGCGAUUACAUAAGAUCCACUCAUGUUAAUUGCUUUACAACCAUUAAAAAGGUAGACCAUACACCGCCUCGAGACAAUGGAUCUGCAAACUCGUAGAGCGGUCCAUAGAUGGCUGAGGCUACCGGGGCUCACAAGAGGCUUCUAAUCUUUGAUUGUGAUUUGUUAUUGAAUGUUAGUAAAGUUUGAAGAAACUGUAGUCUGUGGCGUGCACUCAGCCACUCACCCCCGAGACACUGGAUGUCGCUGUGACGUCCUGACUGCUGAUCUGUAACAAUAACGGGUGUUUCUUGGACAUGCUUCACAGGAUCUUGUGUGGACGUUUUGUCUGUUAAUGAAUUUUAUUUGCCUCGAAUGAAUAGCCAUUCCUACUACUGAGCUGCUGUGUGGUGAUACUGUAUUGGGGAGUGGGGGGGUGGUGGGGAAGCACAGGAAGAGAGGGUGAGGGUUCUUACCCAGGGGCUGUGCUCACAAAACGACAGAAAUUGCACCGUGGCUCAGUGUACAGAUCAUUUUGUCUUAAAAUUGAAGAUGGUGCAGGAUUGUGACCUACAAAAAUAACAGUCGCUACACUUUAAAAGCAAAUCCUCUGAACUGUCGAUGGCAUAAUAAAUAACUAUCACUAUUCUGAAAUUCAGUCUUGAUUUGGAAACAGCUCUUUUAAGAACUGGGGAAAAAAGUACUGGUGUCCAAAUUAAGAUAGUUUUAAGAAUUUUCCUCAAUUUUGCAUGGCUUGACACAAAAUGGUCCGGCACACGAGUGGAAUUUCUGACCUAAAGUGCUUCUGCAGAUAAUCGCUAAAAUUCCAAAGCCCGAGCCUGGAUUUUCUAGCUUCUGAGAUGAGAAUGGCUUCAGAUUUAAAUUCCAUCUUUCCAUUCCUCAUCUCUGGCUUCCUGGGGCCAUACGUUCCACAUUUGUAUCCCCCCCCCCCACCCCUGUGAGAAACAAGUCUCCCUCGUCUUGGUUCUGACCUAUUUUGCCCUGAUUUUAAGGUCACAACCUCUUGUCACUGACCCUCUGGGGAAAAUGCAGUACGUCGCUUGCUGCUUAUUUGUUUCUUAAGAUAAAGCAGUCUCCUGAUCUUUCCCACAUUUUCCCUCUAUUCCCCCCCCCCCCCCCACCACCAUGUUCUGCAUUCCAAUUAAUGGACUUGAACCAGGGCUUACAUCUGUUCGUUUGUACAAAAAGAAUAAAUCUCCAAAUGACAGCAUGAUGUCUCAUCUUAGGUAACAAGUUCAAUUAACUCCAUAGAAGCCUAGAAAUUUACAACACAAAAGGUGAGAAGCCCAUCAUAUUGUGCUGACUCUUUGAAAAAGCAUUACAUUCCCAUUCACGUAAAUUAUUUAUUUUUAGAUGUCUAUUGAGUUCCCUCUUGGAAGCUGCUAUGGAUUGUGCCUCGAUCAUUGCACCCAGCAGGGCAUUCCACACCCUCACAACUCCGUGUAAAAACGCAUUUUCCGAGUCUCCUUUUGUUAACGAUCUUAAAUUGAUUGUCUCCAAUCACUGACCAAUCGCUCCAAUCACUGGAAAUAUUAUUAAUGCCUUGUUUUGCUGUAAGCUGUAAAAGCAGAUUUCUGCUAUUGGAUUCCUGUGGAUUUUAUAUAAUUGCUCUAUCUAUAUUACGUUUCAGUUUUAAUCGUCACUUAUUGGGUGUGGUCCCCACUUUAGGCAUUAAUAUUUUGCAGAGGUGCUGACGUGUGAGUACAACCCUGACUGGGUGAGACAAAAGACUCUCUUAUACCAUUAAGAAAAACCUUUGAUGUUUAAAUCUGGAUAUAUUUUGUGAUCAAUGCAGAAUCAAUGCAGACUGUACUGUACAUUGUACUGUAAUCCUCUUAUUUUGUAUAUAUUCUGUUAAUAAGCAUGUGUUUCUCUCUCAGUCUGUACAGGACAGUGGAACAGCCAAUGCUGAUGUCUGGGUGUAAAUGUUUCCGCCCACGUUUUGUAAAUGUUGAGGAGCCGGUUAACUAUGAAUAUGUAUUGUGGAUUUGUAUUGAAUUUUUAUUCUUGAAAUAACUGGCAAAACAGAAUUGUACAGAUUGGAGUCUAAAAGGACUUCAGUUACAGACAACAGGAUUCAGAGUUGUAUCCAA